AUGCAGCAAUAUGGAGAGGGUCCCAAGAAGUCACUAUUCUUCACCAAGCUCAAUCGCGAUAUUAGGCAGUUUAUCUACCGCGAGCUUCUCGUAUCGCCUAUCACCUAUAUCUAUGUAUUCUACGAACGAAGGAUCCAUGGUGUCGAAUGUCGUCGAAUGGAAUGUAUGUAUGGCGGAAAGAUACACACCAACAUACUCUUAACCUGUAAAGCGGCCUUCAACGAGGGAGCAUACCUCUUUUAUCAACUUAACACAUUCUAUUUCAACACACUAUCCGACGCCGUCGAUUUCUUUGCGUACAUCCCAGCGGCGAUAGUCCGCCACAUUCGAUCUUACGAGUUUGAGUGCCUCUUUACAGGUGGUGAACAAAAGCCCAUCCCAGACUUUGAUGUGCUGAUUUCGACUCUGGAUCGCUACCUUGUGCGUGACAAUGUCAAGGUCGAGCUUGUCAUUUUAUUACCACAUUUUUCGUUCUAUCACUAUAUGUACUUCACUCAAGCCUGCAAAGAAAACACUAUUGAAGCGCUAUGGCGAUUUCUCGCACUUCCAAAGCUGAGUGCUGCUUUAGUCAUCCUGCCUCGCGGCUUUGAGGAAGAGGUGCAGAAGAUGUUGGAGACUUCGGGGGGCUACCAUGUCAUUGGCUUCACGUAUGCCGUCGGGGCCUUCUUCACUGUACUUCUUCCCACCCUCAAGCACAUCAGUAACCCCAUGAAUGGCAUUCUGCAGCCAGUACUGCGUUCCGUUUGGAGUUGCGAGGGUCUUGGCCACGACGCCAUCUCCGACCAGGUACUUCUCAUCCAGCGUCCCCAAGUACAGAUCAAAUAUUGGGGUGUAAUCAGCUGA